AUGCCUAAGAAAGGUGGAAAGGGAAAGAAGGGCAAGGGUAAGGGCGGUGGCGGCACAGCAAAGAAGGCACCCACCGUCCAAGAGCCUGUAACCACCGGACACCAAGUCGAAGAUAUUGUCAAGGGCGAAGGCGAAGGCGAAACCACCGAAAGCCUCGCCCCCGGCACUGCUACCAAUGUCCCCUCCGCUGCCCCGCCUCAGGCCGCCGAGACAGUCGCCGCGAGCACAGGCGCAGAAGGCACGUCAACCGCAGAGACAACUGAGAAUGGCGACUCGUCCAACGAGGAAGUAGAGCAGGUUUCGGGCCCCGGCACCGCCAAGAGGUUCUCGUUGGCGGAGCAUCCGGGUGACGCAGAGGGGCGUGAACUCCGCAUGCCGUCUUCCUUGCCGGAUACAGGAGCAGCUGCCGAAUCCGAAGCGAAUGAGAACACCCUGCAGGGCGCUGUCGGCAAGACCCAGGCUUCGAAGGCGGGCCUGGUCGGAUCGUUGGACGCAGGAGAUGGUGAGGGACAAGCUGUAUUGCCUGACACGGUCGCCAAAGAAUCCCAGUUGACGGCUCCUACGACAGCCCCCGAAACCACCGUUCCCGAAGCGACUGCUACCGAGGCCGCCGCUCCCGUACCCGCCGUCACUGACGCCAACGCCCCAGUGUCGAAGGCGCCGGCCGAAACAGCACUGCCGGAGAGACUCAAGGAGAAGGAAACCGCUACGGCCGAACCGACAGCCACAUCUCCGUCCGAGAGUGUGGAUUUGACUGGCCAUGCAAAGCGCCCAUACGAGAGCAGCCUCUUCCACAAGGACGAGGACCACAAGCCUCCCAAGAUGGCCAAGGUCGAGGACUCCGAAGCCGCGCCCGCCGCCACAGAAACCAAAGCUGCGGACUUGCAAACCGAGGUGCCAAGCAAGUCUACAGUGCAACCCCUGGUUGUCCCAGGGCUUGGUGCCGAAUCCGCAGACAAGCCUCAGAAGGUGGAGUCCGCAGAAGCUGUUGCCCCGACCACCGCUCCUUCGGCUGCCCAGGCUGCUGCCUCCACCACAUCCCCUGUCGUUCCCGCUGCAGUUGCUGCCGCAGGUGCAGGAAGCGAAGCCGACGCGGAGGCCAGGCAGAAGCAGGAGGUUAAAGAGAGCAUCCGAGCUUUCACCGGCGAGGGACAGGUCCCCGCGGCCAAGGAGCCCCAGCAAGAGCCUGAGGAGAAGGCCAAGGAAACGGCCCAGGAGACCGCACCCGUCAAGACGACCCCGGAGACUCCCACAAAGGCCAAACCCAACGUCGCUGCCGUUGCCGCGGCCGCAGCCAUGAGAGGAAAGUCGGCUGCUUCGCCGACACCUGCCACUGAAGCCGCCGAUAAGACAGAAGCUGAACCCAAGGAGACUCAGCCCGAGGCUCAGGAUCAGGUCCUCACCGAGACUCCACGGGGAGAAGAGGCGGCUGCAAAGGAGACCCAGCAGCCCGAGACCGCCGAGGGCAAGAAGUCGCACGAGGAGGCACAAACGGCCGUGGACAAAGCUCAAGAGGCAGCUAAAGCCGAAGCCGCCAAGGCGGACAAGCGCAAGAGUGGCUUCUGGUCAUGGAUCAAGCGCAAGGUCAAGGGUACUUGA